AUGAAGAAAAAGGCCCAGCAUUACAAGUUUGACGAGUUCGAUUGGAGCCGUACUCUCGGGACGGGCACGUUUGGGAGGGUCGUCUUAGUGAGAUCAAACCACAACGGUCGCUUAUUCGCCGUCAAAGUGCUCAGCAAGUCCAAGCUAGUCCAGCUCUUCCAAGUUGAGCAUACAAACGCCGAACGUGCCCUGCUAUUCGCUGCCUCCCACCCCUCUGAAGCAGCGUAUGACGCCUCCUCUGCCGGGCGCUGUCCGUUCCUCGUCAGCCUAUACGGCAGCUGGCAGGACACGACGAAUGUGUACUUGGUAAUGGAGUACGUCGCUGGGGGUGAACUGUAUACCCUUCUCCGGAGGGCGGAGAGGUUCCCAGUGACGGUGGCGAGGUUCUACGCUGCGGAAGUUGUGCUCGCACUCGGAUACCUGCAUAGGAUGGAUAUCAUCUACCGCGACCUGAAGCCCGAGAACAUCCUCAUCACCCCCUCGGGGCAUAUAAAGCUCACGGACUUCGGGUUCGCAAAGUACGUUCCGGACAUAACGUUCACCCUUUGUGGCACGCCGGACUAUCUUGCCCCCGAACUGAUCGCACACAUGCCGUACACAAAGUCGGUGGACUGGUAUUCCCUCGGCAUACUAGUGUACGAGAUGCUUGUUGGGGCACCGCCGUUUGUUGCCCCGAACCCGGCUAUGCUCUAUCAGCGCAUCUUGGACGGGAGGGUCAUCUAUCCCAGGGAAUACAUGGGUGACAUCGAGAUAAACUUUUUACAGCGGACGAUGACAAAGGACUUAUCGCGUCGCUAUGGGCAUGGCAAGGUGUCGGAGAAGAGUCGCGCAAGUAUCUCGAGCCUCGAGAAAGAGGUGGAUAAGGUGGAUGAGGGCACAGAGAACGUCAUGCUCGACCCGUUCUUUGGUGGCAUACACUGGGAGACGCUGGAGGGCAGCGCGGGUGAGUAUUUCGGACGUGCAGGGGGAAUAAGGGUGCCCUGGAUCCCUGGGGAGGGGUUGUAA